CGUCGCGGAGCCUCGCGAUAAUUCCCGCACCUUCGCCAAAGCCUAGAAUUUUAUCGAAUUGCCUCGAACUGGCGACGUUCAAUAUAAAACGCCCGAUCGAAGUGACGCACUCUGUCAGUCAAAACCUGAAGUAUCACUCGAGUUCGAGCAAAGCGAACUUUUUACGCGAUAUUUCGCAACGUUUCGUCAAAUUCCCAGUUAAUUUAUUCCAGUAAAAAAAUGUCGCGAUUAGUGCCGAUUCUUCUCAGGGACAUGAUGCGGCCUUUGAGGCAAAUGGAGAACGAAAUGCGAGCCCUGGAACGGGAAUUUUUCAGACCGAGCAUCUUCAACGGACCCAGGUACGCUCUCAAAUAUCCAGUAUCUGACGACACCGCGGUAGUGGCCCAGUUUAAGGAUAAAUUUCAAGUAAGGCUGGACGUGCAAGGCUUCAAUCCCGAAGACUUAAAAGUGAAAACCCUAGCCGAUCAAAACGCCAUCGAAAUCGAAGGAAAACACGAAGAGCGCGAAGACGGGCAUGGAAUACUUUCAAGACAGUUUCUUAGAAGAUUUGUUUUGUCUAAAGAUCAUGAUCUUAAGGCCGUUGCAUCCAGUUUGAGUGAAGAUGGAAUUUUGACCGUAACAGCUCCGAAAAAGCCUGCAGAAAUUAGUUCGGAAAAGGAAAGGGCCAUCCCAAUAGAACACAUUAGCGAAGGUGAAAAUAAGCAAGAAUAGAUUUAAAUUUUCUUUGGUUUUUGUAAUUUUUUUUUUUCAAAAUAAUAGACUGAUGUAUACAUUGUAUUUGCUUAUACAUAGAUGUGAUAGGUACCUAAGUUGUUUUUAGUAUGGCUAUAUGUAUUUGUUUGAACCCCAAUAUGUACUGAUCUGAUGAAAUUAUCAAUAAAUUGAUGAUUUUUUCAUAAAAGAAAU